AAUGAGUGGAGAAGUUGGAUCCAACGAAUGCCUUGUUUCUACCAAUGAAGUUCAAGAAGAUUCUCCAGCUGUGACCGAGUCAUCAAGCGCCAACGGAUCUUCACCAGUUCGUCGCGGACGCGGACGUCCACCAAAGGGAACCAAGGUCCCAAAAGUCAAGCCGGCUCCAAAGCCGUAUUCUGGAGCACCACGUGGCCGCCCACGCAAGUCUGACCAAGUUGCCAAGUCUCCAGUUGCCAAGUCGCCAGUUGCUUCAUCGUCCGCCGAUGCUUCUCCAAAGCGUUCUCGUGGAGCACCAAAGAGCUACGCUGAGGAUGUUGCUGCAACGAAGCCAGCCAAGACUGAUGUCGCCACACCGGCUCUUGCUGCUUUGACUGGAGAGAAGAAGGGACGUGGACGCCCAAAGAAGAAUUAGAUCCAAGGAUCUUCAUUAACGGUCUCCUCUUCGUCUCAUUUUAAGAUACUCCGACCUUUUCACUUUUAAUUUCCUGAGCCAUUAUUUAUGUAUUUAUGAUUUUUGAACGUCAAGUGAGUGUGAAAAUAAAUAAAAUUAAAUUUUC